CAGAAUUCAGUCGAACUCGUGAUCUCGUCGGGAGCAGUCGUCGUGAAAAGCGUGUGUCAGCCGCAAACGAAACCUAAACCAAUCCAACCAAACACACACACCACCACAACCACAGGGAGAGUGUGUGUGGUUUGUGGCACAGUUUUCAAAAAAAAGUUCUAAAGAGGCCGCCCGGUGCCUUUCCUUUGUGCUUUCCGGCCUGUGUGUGUGUGUGGAGGUGAUUUUCUGUAUUUUUUCUUUCUUGUUUUCACUAUUCACAACGAAGACCGGCAAGUGCUUUGAAGGCCGCAAUGCGAACCACACCACAGAAAUGAUUAGUUCCGCUCGUGCCAGCAACAUCUGAAACAGUGUGUGUCUUGACAGUGUGAAAUAAUUUGCGUCCGCUGAACGUCUGUGUGUCUGCCGUCUUCGCGGAAAGUGUGUUCUUAGUGCUCCCUUUUGCGUUUUUUCUUGCCUAACGUUUGAGUGAGUUUGUGUGAGUGUUCUUUGUGGGGCAAAGGGAAAAAACAGUGAGGAAGCACACAAGAGCAUCUAGCAAGUGAAAGAAAAAGGAAGAAAGCUGAAGGAAAGUCACACGCGCGAGUGCUGUAACAAUGUCUGGACCGCCGAAUAUUAACAACAAUCAACUUCCAUCCUCCAGCGGUGGUGGUGGUGGUCCGGGUAGUGGUAGAGGGUGGUUACGCACACCUCCACCAACGUACUUCCGGUCGCCCUCGCCAUGGGUACCGCCCGGUUCGGCCGCUCCACGGCAAAACUCGCCCGUAACGGCAGGUUCGUCGGCUGGCGGACCGGCCCGCGGACCGAGCGAGUUUGUCUACCAGCAUCCAAGCUCCGGGGGAUUGCCGCCGUACGGUGGACCGGGAGGUGCUGCUGCCAGUAGCACUACCACCCACCAGCAGCAGUACACCACGCAAACGACAACGUACCGCGCAACGACAGCAACGCCGGCCGCUGCCACUGCUCCCGCCCAGGAGUAUCAGUUCCAGCGUCCGAUCCCGUCGGCCAUGACACCGACUCACUUUGUGGCUUCGGCCACCCACUAUCGGCCCGUUUCGCCGGCUGCGGUCGCACCCCAGCCCUACCCGCAGUACAGUGCGCCGACCAUGUCGCCCGUGUCGUCCCUGCAUCGUUCGAUGACGCCGCACAGCGUCGCGAGCGGUGGUUACGGACCUCCGGUUGAUUUCCACCAUUCGGUUAUGGGGCCACAGCAGCAGGUGCGACCGGGCUCGACCCAGAGCUCGGUGUACGGGGGCAUGACGUACCAUUACGGGCCAGCGGCUGGACCGUCCAGUCAUCAUCCGGCGCAGUCGCAGUACGUGAUCUACGAUUACGGCGGCGAGAUGGGACCGUCGACGGCGGAAAUCAUUGCGGCCCAGUCGCAGGACUACGUGGACGAGAAGCUGGCCGAAUAUCAGGCCACUAUUAUGCUGCUGCAAGAUGAACAAGAACGUGUACAGAAGAAAACUUUCGUGAACUGGAUUAACUCAUUUUUAAGCAAGCGCAUACCACCAUUGAAGGUCGAAGACUUGAUCCAUGACCUUAAGGAUGGCACCAAGCUGUUGGCCCUGCUGGAGGUGCUGUCCGGCGAGAAGCUACCGAUGGAAAAGGGAAAAGUCUUGCGUCGGCCCCACUUUCUGAGCAACGUUAAUACCGCUCUACAGUUCCUUACCAGCAAACGUAUCAAGCUAGUCAACAUCAACCCGUCCGAUAUUGUCGACGGACGUCCGGCUGUGGUUUUGGGCCUGAUCUGGACCAUCAUUCUGUACUUCCAAAUCGAGGAGAACAGUCGUAUUCUGCAUUAUCUGAACGAAAAUUUGAGCGGCUCGUUGAGUUCGUUGGGUAGUAGCAGUUCCGCGUCGAACAUACCGAGCUUGAGCGCGAACAAGCAGGUAACGUACAGUGGUACGGCUACGGUCGCCACGAGCAGCAAGGAGAUGAUGAAACAGGGCCCCAAGAAGACACUCCUUACGUGGGUGAACAGUGCCUUGCCAAAGACAACGGGCUUGGAGGUCCGUGACUUUGGACCGAGCUGGCGCGAUGGCAUUGCGUUCCUGACGCUGAUCGAUGCGAUCAAAACGAACGUCAUUAACAUCGCCGAGAUGAAGAAGUAUAACAACCGGUACCGUCUUGAUACGGCGUUCAAUGUCGCGGAGUCGGAGCUGGGCAUUGCGCGUCUUCUGGACGCCGAAGAUGUCGAUGUCAACAGCCCGGAUGAGAAGAGUAUCAUGACAUACGUCGCACAAUUUCUACACAAAUACCCGGACGUGAAGAAUAUCAAUUCAAAGAGUGACAGCGAACGCGAACUGCUGGAACUCCUUGAUUGGCUUCGCCGAACGGUACGAUACUACGAUGGCAUGCACGGCAAGUACCCCAACAACUACUCCAUGUACGAGAGCGUCAAUGGCGAAAAGCUCGAGAAGCAAAACAUCUACAAGAAGGUGAAGAGCAUCAAUGCCGCCAAGAUGACGCCGGAAGUGCAGGAGCUGAACAGUCUGUGGACCCAGCUGGAGCGUCACAUGCAGCAGUGGCUCUGGUAUCUAGACAGCAGCCUGCCGGAUCAGUUCGGUGCGAUUGGCCGUUGGUUAAGCAAUGGAGAGAAGCUGCUAAACGAUGACGACAUCCCGAACAACAUGAACGAAGAGACGGCUUCACUGAUCAGCAAGAAGCUCGAGGCGCACAAGCAAUUCUUCGCCUCGUACUACGAAGUGCGGGAAACAUUUAACAACGUGAAACUUACUCCACUUGCGAAGAAGGUCCCGCUGGGACAGUUGCAAAACAUGGAAAAGCGACUGCUUGAUAUCGAACCGUGCGCUAGACAGCGUCGCAUUAAGCUGAAGUAUCUGGAGCACAAGUGCUGUCUGAUCGCUUUCCUGAAUCUGCUCGAGAACAAGAUCAACGGUGUGAAGUACAACAACGAGGAGACGGUGAAGCAAUCGCUGGAUCAUCUGAAAAACUUCGUCACACGCAACCAGAUUAUGCAGGAGUUUGAGAAGGCGCUGAUCGACAUGCGGCAGGUGAUCGAGGAGUACAAGAUCGAUGGUAACAUCACGAAGAAGGAGAUGUACAAUAUUGAUGUGUUCCUACACGAGAUCGAAGAUCGCUGGAAGAACGUGUCGUCCCGGUUGAUCUGCACGGAAACGAUGCUCGAGGAUGUGCUGUCGCAUUGGCAGCGCUGGCGCACGCUGGUGCAUGAGAUCGAGACGUGGCUAAGGCAGGCGCACGAUGCACUCCAAGGCACGGAAGACGAGCGGAUCGAGUUCUUCCAGAACAUUAGCGUGUACAAGGAGAAGUUUGAUGCGCUGACGGAUACGUUUAAUAUUCUGAAAUCGACCUGCGACCAGGAGACGGCCAUUGCGCUGGAGCGAAAGUAUGCGCAGCUGGGCGGACAUUGGGAGCAGGUGUUCCAGCACACCAAGCAGUAUCUGCACGUCGGAGACAUUCUGCAGCAUCGUCAAAAGUUCAAGACUGAUGCGGCGCAGCUGAACGAAUGGAUUCAGCGUACUGAGACGGCACUUGGACGGAACAACUUGCGCGAUGCGGCUGAGAUUCGGCGUUGCGAGACGGAAAUCAAGCAAAUUGCUUGCGAAAUUGAAGCGAUGGAGGAACUGUUCAAGUCGAUCAGCCGUAGCUUCCAGGCAUUGAUCAAGGAGUACUCGCGCGAUGAGGUCGACCGUAUGAUGAUGAUGAUGAAGAAGCAAAAGGAAGCGUUGGUUCGGGUGCGUGCACAAAUACCGAUCAAGCUGCACCUGUUCCAUCAGCUACUGACGCAGCAGGAAGCACUCGAAACGGGUCAGCGAGAAAUCGCUCAAUGGUUGGAUGAGGCCGAGAAUCUACUGAUAUCUUACUCCUUCACCAACGAUCCGCAGCAGACGAAGAACAACCUUGCCAAGCAUAAGGCUUUCUUCAACCGCACACUGUACUAUAAAUCGAUGCUGGAGAGUAAGAACAACGUGUUCCAAAAUUUACUCAAGCUUACCGAUACGGACAGCAGCAUCGAUAUGAGUGAUGCCGCCACGAAAAUGAAGCAACUAAACGAUCGCUUCGCCUACGUCAUCAACAACGCAAACGAUUGGGAGUACAAGCUUCAGGAAAAUCUACGCGUCUGGGAAAACUUCACUGAAAGCAAACAGAAGGUGGAGUCAUUCCUCCGACAGGCGGAAGCCUUCCAGAAGUCAGCCAUCCCGGUGGACAAGGAAGCGGACGCAGAGUCCCAGCUGGAGUUCUUCAACUCGGCCGACCAGACGAGCAUCAACACGCUGGAGCGCCACACGGAGGAUCUGCUAAAGUAUCUGCCACCGGCCGAGCAGCAAAUACUGAUCGCCAAGGUGGAAGACAUCCAGCGCCAGUGGAGUGAAGUGAUCCAGCAGAUCCCGCUCCAUCUACUGAAGGUUGAGUUCCGGCUGAACGAGCUAACGUUCAACGGAUGUGCGAACGACAUCGAGAAGGAGCUGAACGCUGAAGAGCAGGCGUUCAACUGCAACGAAAACUUUGAAGCCAUCUUGCAGCGUAAUUUGGACUACUUCAAGAAGAACGAUCUCCAGCGGGUCGAGCAGGUGCUGGGCAAUAUGGAGAAGAUCAACUACAUCUAUCUGGAAAAGUCUGCCAACGAUCAGGCUCUGGCUCCGCUUUAUCAGCGGGCGAAUGAUAGUUGGAUUGCGAUCUGUAAACGAAUUGACAGCGUGCGCAACAUACUGCACAAGAUUCCGGCCCAGUGGGACGCUUACCACGCCAAGUUCGACGAGAUGAACGGAUGGAUGGAUCGAGUGGACGAAUCGCUGCGCCAGAUCAUGGUGGAGAAGCAGACGAUGGAAGAGUUCGAGCAGGAAAAGGCGACCUUCCAGCUAAAAACAAUCAUGAACAUCUGCUUUGAGGCCGAUGCAAAGCGUGAAGACAUGAAAUGGCUGGUGAAAACGUUGGACUUUUUGCUGAGCCACACCAACGAAGAGCAGGCCACGAUCGAGCAGGAAAAGAUCGAGAAGCUGAUUGCUCGCUACAAAACGCUCAUACCGACGAUCGAAACCACCAUGACCAAGACGGAGGUGUUUGCCAAGUGCUACACGUACCGCCGGGAGGCACAGGAGAUAUGCGACUUGCUCGAUCGCAUCAAGUCGCAGGCUCGCAGUGUACCGCCGCCAGAAAGCUACAAGCGCGUGAACGAGAUGAUCGAAGAGCAGCAGUACUCGAUCAAGGAGCUGGACAAUCAGCGAGCGCACAUCAUGAAGAUGCUGCAGCGGGGCAAAGAUCUGAGCAAAAACCCAAGCGCACCGCAGUUCAUCGCGGGUGAGAUUCGUCGCCUGGAGACAGGCUGGAACGAUACGUACAACGAAGCAGCUGAGAAGGUACGCGCGUUAAAGGCGAUCCAGAAAGUUUGGGGCGAUUACAACGAGCAGAAGGGACAGAUCGUUGGCCUGCUGAACACGGCUGAGAUGGAACUGCGCUCGGUCACGCCGUUGCAGACGGACCCGAAAAGCGUCACGCAGGAUCUGGAGAUGAAGCGCCAGCUGGCAUUGAACUUGAAGCAGGCGUCCUCCAAAUCACUGCUGCAGCUGAACGAUUUGUGCCGUGAUUUGGGCAUCUCACUUCCGCCGACGACGCGACAAGUGAUCGAGAAGGAAGUGACCGAUCUGGGCAAGCGGGUUGACAACACGGUCGACUACGUGGAGCAGCGUGUCGUCUACCUUGAAGACUACAGCGACAAGUGGAACGAGUACAAGCAGCGACUGGACAGUCUGAAGAGCUGGGCCAACAACGUGUACCCCAAGAUGGUAGCUGCGAUCAAGCAGCCACAAAUCAGUGCCGAAGAUCGAGUGCUGAAGGCGAAACAGCUCGAAGGUGUCUUGGGCGAGAAGAUUCGUCAGCUGGACGUACUAAACGCAAGCGCUGCCGAUCUCGCAUCGAAGGAAGGCAACCUAAGCGAGAUGAAGCGCCUAAAGGCGGAGGUCGUUCAUCUGCAGGGCACCUUCACCGAGCUGCACCGUAUGGUGGACAGCGAGAAGGCGCUGGUCGGCGAAGACUUUGAGACGUGGAAGAGUUAUACCCGCGACAUGGACAGCCUGAAGGAGUGGGUCGAGCGGGCCAAGCUUGCGCCGGAGCUGGAGCAAAUUCGGCCUUCGACCCUGCCGGAAGCACGCGCCUACCAGGGCCGCUUGGAAACGUUUAACGAGCAGUGCGAGGGCAAGAUGGACGAGCUGCAGAACGUGAUCAAGAGCUCACAGAACAUCCGGUACGGCGUGAAACCGUCGGAGGAAACGGAUCGGUACUACAUGAUCGUUUCGAGCAUCUACGAGAACGUGCAGCAUUUGCUGAACAAAACCGGCAAGCUCGUGACGAACUGGGCCCUGCUGGAUGGAGAUCUGGAGAAGCUGAACCACUUCAUUGAGCGGGCCGAGGUACGGAUGGGUGAAUUAGUCACUGUUCAUGCUCCAGGCCUGCCCAUCGAUGUGCUGGAAACGAAAAUCAAAUCGUUGAAGCUGUUCAGCAACGAAAUCUCCGAGCAGCAGGCGAAGCUGAUCGCGCUCGUCCACAUGUUCGAUCAGAUCAACCACAGCCUGUCGGAGGACGGUGUGAAUGGGGUGCGCGACAAGCUGAAGUCGGCCAAGGAUCGGCUAACCCGGCUGAGUGAUGAUGCGCGGGCUCAGAUUAACUCCAACUACGAGUGCAUUGUGGAGCAGCAGAGCUUUAACACCCAGAUGACGGACUUUAGCAACUGGAUGGAUCAGAUAAGGACAAGCAUUAGCGAGCUGGAGAACACGGCGGUGGAUGAGAUCGAGCUGGCGGCACAAAACGUGCAGUAUCUGGUUCAGCAGCACGCGGACAAGCGCAACACGUUCAACCACAUCUACGCGCAGGUCAAGCAGCGGAGCCUGACGAACAAUCCGAUGGAGAACCAGCUGCUGAACGAAACGUACAGCUCGCUGGCUAGCAACUACCAGAACCUGGAAUCGAGCCUGCUGCAGAUGAGGGACUUUUUGCAGAAGUGGCUUGCGUUUUUGCAGUGGCACAAUACGACGAAGGACCAGCUGGCGUAUCUGCGGGAGAGUAUGAUCAAGUACGAUGUGUCGAGCGAGGAGCAGCUGAACGAUGCGAAUCGGCGCAUCCAGGAAGUGGGUACGGGAUUAGAAAACUGGCGCCGUUUGUCCCUUGCAAUGGAGCAGGAGCCGUGCAUUUCGUUCCACGAUAAAGCCCACAAGCCGGUCAGUGCGAUUACGAUGAUUGCGGAUCUGGAUCAUAAGCUUUCGAGCAUUCGGUCGCAGGUGGAUGGUAAGCUAAAGGAGGUCGAAAAUACGAAAGAUCGCGUCACUAAAUUCCACCAGUCGCAGAAGGAUCUGACGGAUUCGCUCCGUGGAAUUGAGGAGAUGCUGAAGGGUAUCGUACAAGCCGCUCGGUUGUCUACGCUCGACGAUGGUAUGGAGGAUUUGUCCACUCUGAACGAGAAGAUCAGUGAACUGUGCAGUGCCAAGGCACAGGUGCAGUACGAAGGCAACUUGUUGCUGAAGCAGGACGUCGUUGAUACUGGAAUUGCAGUACAGGAAGAGCUGAGCAAGCUCGACAAGAAGGUCACCGAUUUGCAACAAGAGUCCGACGAAACACUUCGCGCCUUCUCUACCACAAGCGAUUUGUAUGCCGACUUCAACAAGUACAACAUGAGCUUUGCCAACGAGCUGAAGCAGAUUGAGGCGCUCAACAACGCUACGGUGCUGAACUUUGACAGCAAGCCCGCCCUUCAGCAGGCUCUGGAUCAGCUGAAGAAAGCGUCCGAGACGAUGACGAAAAAGGUGAAGCGAAGCCUCGAUGUGGUAGCGGGCAAGGGAAAUGAGUUGGCAAAAACCUUCCGUGCCUACAAUCCGACCGAUUGCGACAACAUCCUGGACAUCAUUCGUCACAACAAUGAGCAGUUCAAGGCGAAUCUGGAACGCUUGAUCGACAACUCGAGCGUGCUCGACCAGAAGGUGGCCCUGUACAAGCAGGCGGAAGAGCUGUACCAAGAUCUGGACGAGUGGCUGCAGUCCAAGCGCGAUCAGCUGUCACGCGUGCUCGAAAAUCCCGGUGAGAUCGAGAGCAAAAUUGUGACCUACCGUUCUGAGCUCCCUGCCCAGCAAGCGUUCAAAGAAACGCUGGAAGGAUUGUUACAGGAGUUUAAGAAAAUGAAUGGUGGCAGCCAGCCGAAAGAUCUGCACAGCAUGUCGAUGCAACUGGACGAUGGGUUUGCCGCGAUCGAAGAAACAGUGGGUCGUUUGAACAACCGAAUGUCCGAGUAUACUGCUGACGAGCGUCGAUUGAAACUUUCGAUCAAGGGCAUCAUAGAGCGCAUCUACAGCAUACGGGAGGAGAUCGUGGGCUGUGAUGAUAUGACGCUGGACAGUGGCAAGCAGCUGGUACAUCUCGCUGGAUGUCGUGAGUUACGCCGCAAGUUGAACCGAGUCGGAGAGGAAAUCACCGAUCUGAAGAAUGAGUUCGCCGCGAUGGAAGCAAAGUACGAUCAGGGCAUCAAGGAGGCGUCUACCGUAGGAAAGGAGAUCCAGAAUCUCGACCAGCGUUUCGGGCUGGUGAUGAACAGCUUGAACGAGGUGGAGACGAAGCUUACCAAGGGUGUGGAGAAGUCGUUCAAGGACAAGCUCGGUGCACUGACGCGAAUGAUUGGGGCGCAGAGUGAAAAGCUGAACUGGUGCGCACCGGAGCCGACGAGCGACAAGUACCAGCUGGAGGUGAAGCGUACCACGCUGAACGAUGUACGCACCAGUACCGAGGACUGCGAACGUAUUCUGGGUGAGGUCGAACGAUCACUUACCGGUGCUGUAGUGGAGCUGUUCACACCGGCGAAGGUUAGCAACAUGUCGGACGAAACGCAGGAAGUUAGCAAGCAGCUCGAAUCGUUGAAGCGUGCCUUCCAGGAGACGGAGAAACAACUGACGGACAACAUUGCCCUGUGGCUAAGCUACGAAGGUAUCUCGGAAGAGGUCAUCCACUUCCUGAAGGAUCUGGAAACGCGCAAUCGCAUGGAAACGGUGCUGUUGAUCGAUUUGGCUAGUUUAGGCGAGAAAUCAAAGGAAGUUGGCGAGGCACGUGCAACUCUAGAGGAGUUCAAAGUGAAGAUGGAUCAGCUGCAGUCGGUUGGCAAUCAGCUGAAUGAGGUCAAUCCAGAAUCACGAGCACUGGUGUUGGUGCAUCAUCUCCAGAACAAGUACCACACGUUCAGUAAGUACUUCGCUCAGCUGCUCGACCGACUGGAGGACGUACGGUUGAAAGAUGUCCAGUUCCGGGAAGCGGUUGAUAAGAUUCGUCACUGGCUGCGCGAGAUGCAGAACAAAAAGCAUGCACAAAACCUGGGAGCGGAGGCACAAGUACAGGCCCUGUCUGAUCGUGAGUACGAAGCUGCCAAGGCGCUGCGAGCUGAAAUUCUGUCCAAGGAUAGUGCGCUGAACGAAACAUGCUCGUUGGGCGAAAAUCUUUACGCCGAGGUUAGCGUUGAGUGUCGCGAGAGCAUUCGUGAUGAGAUGAAGCGCCUGCGUGGUGACUACAACGCCCUACUUGAGGAGGUUAGUGGUGGCAUUAAGCGCAUCGAAGCCGAUCUGAUAAAGAAAAAGUCGAUCGACGAAAGUCACAACCAGCUCAACAAUUGGCUGGCGGAGCUGCGGGGCAAGAUCACGUCUGGUUUGAGUGACCGAUAUGCCACGUUGCCAGAGAAGAAGAGCGCCCUGUAUAGUGGCAAGAACAUGCAGAAAGACAUCACGGUGCACGAGACGAAUCUGGACCAGAUUCAGAAGAAGGUGAUGGCCCUACCGGAUCGAAGCUCGCUCGGACAGAUUGAAGAAACGCGCCAGAACUAUGGUGCGCUGCGGGAGGAGCUCGAUCGUAAGGUGGCACUGCUUGAGCAAGCGAUCAAGUCGCACGAGCAGUACAACGCUAUGCUGGAGAAGUCGCGCGAUUGGCUGCUGAAGCUACAGUCCCAGACGGAGGAGAUGUUCAGUGACGGUGAUCUUACCAAGGCCAAGUUGGAGGAAUACCUCAUUCUCGUUGACACGGUGCUGACGGAGGAGGAGCCGGCGCUGGAUGAUGUGAACGAGUGUUACAAGCAGUUUGCUGUUGUGAUGGCACAGACGCACGAGAACGGUCAUUCGGAGUUGCUGCGUGCGUUCGAAGAUGGUAAACGCCAGUGGACGACGUUCUUCGACAAGUGCCGUGCGUUCAAGGCUCGUUCGGCUGAGUCACUGAAACAGCUGGACGCUUUCAACGCUCGACUGGAGGGAGCGCUGGUUUGGUUGGCGAGCAAGAAGGCCGAAAUCAGAGAUGCCACCGCACAGGGACCACUCGACGCGAAACAACAGUGCUUGGAGUCGUUGAAGAAACUGCGUGACGCCAUCCAGAGCUACGGUGUGACGGUGAGCGGCAUCCUGGAAGAAAGCCACCAGGUCAAAUCAAAGUUUGAUGUGAGCGGUAAGGUGGGCCAGCUGCAGAACGAGUAUCGCAUUGUCGCAGGACUGUGUGCGGAAGCGAUUUCGAAAGCCGAGUCUACCCUGAACGAUCAGAGCGAUUUCAACCAGGCGUACGACGAGUUUGAGGCCCUGUUGCGUAAGAAUCUCGAGGGACUGGAAGAGUUCCGGGUGCUGGUGGGUGAUCUGAGCGUGCUGCAGGAGCGUCAGCUCCGGCUGAAGGAGAUCGCCUACAAACGGCUCGAUGAUAGUAGCCCGUACGAAGAUCUGAUCAAUCGGGGUGAGAAGCUGUACUCGUACACCAGUCCCGAGGGUCGUGAGCUGAUUCGCCAGAAGCUGGGUGCUAUCCGGGAUCUUUGGGAUCGAUUCUCGGACGAGCUGAACACGGUAACUCAGCGGUUGGAUCAAUGUAUUCUUCAGUUUGGAGAGUUUUCACUGCAGCAGGAGCAGCUAUCCAAGUGGUUGAAGGACAUUGAAAAGUCGAUGGAAGUGAAUGCCGAGCUGAAGGCUAACAUCCAGGACAAGCGUACCCAGUACCAGAACCACAAGCUAAUGCACCAGGAGAUUUUAUCCCAGGUCGGACUGGUCGAGUCAGUUUGUGCCAAGGCACAGCAGCUGCUUACUCUGACGAAGGAUCAGCAUCUGCAGAGCUGUGUCGUAUCGAUCAAGGACACGUAUCAGGGCAUCGUGCGCAAGUCGGGCGAACUGUUGGACAACCUGAACGCUUGCGUACAAGCACACCAGAGCUACGUGACUGCCGCCAGCAAGCUGCGCAGCUGGAUCAACGAGGAGAAGGAUAAGGUGUUUUGCUGCGAGGAAACGGGCGGCGAGAAGGGUGAGAUCAACAAACGCAUCGAAGCGCUCAGCAAUCUGAAGCUUGGCAAGGCGAAGGGCGAUGAACUGCUCAACGCCCUGGUACAGUGCUUUGAGGCGAUGAAGGAAAGCACAUCGGCGGCGGGUAUUGGUACGGUCGAAAAGGAGAUCGGCGAGUUGCGUAACGAGCUGGCUAGUUUGUAUGGACAGAUUGAGGAGUUGAUCGGUAGCCAGCGCAAAUCGCUGACCGGAUGGAGUCAGUUCGAUCAGGAUCUGGACGCGCUUACGAAGUGGUGCCGCUCGAUGGAAGGCAUUUUCCGCGAGCAGCAGCUAUACGAUUCGCUCGAGCGCAAACAGCAGCAGCUGGAGGUGUUCCGCAAGAACCAGGAAGCUAUCGGGGACAAGCAGAAGCAGAUCGACGACUUCGUGACGAUGGCACAGGCGCUCUUUACGAAGACGGGUGUGGAGAAGAUUAAGUUCUACAUCAACCAGCUGAUCAAUCGCUACCAGCUGCUGCAAGUUCUAAGCAAGGAGGUCGCGAACCGGGCUCAGAACAUCGUCAACGAUCAUAAGAACUAUCAAGAGCGGUACAACGAGAGCGUCGCUCGAUUGGCCGAGGUUGAGAAGGAUCUGGAAACGCUAGGACAGGAGAAGCUCGGCGCAGCCAACCAGUCGAAGCUGCAGCAGUUGGAGAUUGAGAAGGAACGAUUUGAGAACAAUCUGACCAGCCUAGUGACGGCCAGCGAAAAGGUCUUGCCUGAAACGAAUACCCAAGGUCGGGAGAAGAUUCGCGAGGAGGUGCGUGAGCUGAAGGAUCGCUGGGAUCAGAUCAUUGCCGGGUUGAACAACCUGAAGAAGCAGCUGGACGUACGCUCGAUCCAGUGGUCCUCAUACCAGGACAUACUACAGCAAGUGCUGAGCUGGUUGGACGCUACGGAACGCAAAAUCGAGCCAAACGAAUCCCAAAGCUGGAACUCCACGCAAGAGAUCCGCUCGAAGCUGUUCAAGUACAAGGCGAUACUGCAAGAGAUCAGUGGCCAUCGCCGCGUGAUCGAUUCGCUGAAGGAAAAGGCCGACUCGCUCGGUGCAGACGCCCAGAACGAAGACAUCGCGGCAAAGGUGCAGUCGAUUACAGAGCGGUAUGAGCUGCUGAAGAAGUCGUGCAGUGAUUUGAUUCGUCGGUUGGAGCAAUCGCUUGAGCUGUGCAAUAAGUUCAACGAGCUGCAAAAAUCGUUGCUAGACGAGCAGGACUAUCUGUUCGGGGAGUUGAAGCAGCUGUCCGAUGUGUCCGGUAACAAGCGAGCGGUGCAGGACAAGGUCCAGAAGAUCGACGAUCUGCAGCAGGCGAACGGCAAGAUGGAAGAAAAGUUCAAGAACCUCGCUAAGCUGAUUACGGACAAUAAUGAUCUGAUUUCGUACGGUGCCAAAACGGUCAUGGAGCAGGAUCUGCAAAAGAUGAAGGCUGACUUUGAGAAGUUUAUUGGUUCAAUUGGGGACGCCCGAGUCGAGCUGCAGAAGCGUAUGCAGCUGUGGGACGAUUAUCAGCGUGAUCUGGAUCAGAUCGGUGCGUUCCUGGCCGAGGUGGAGGAUACCAUGCGCGGCUAUACGCUGAAGAGCAGCUUGAACGAGAAGCAGGAGCAGCACGAGUACUAUCAGACACUGCUAGGUCGAUUGAAGCAGAAUGCGCUCGAGUUUGAUAAGCUGCUGGACAAGUCGUCAGAGUUGCUGCAGAGUAGUGGUGAUACGAAGAUAUCGUUUAACAUGCAGCAGCUGAAGGCACGCGCCCAGUCGGUGGAGGGUACGGUGAAGGAGCUGGCGAAGAAAUGCGAGGCUGCUUACGGUGAUCACAAGCAGUACCGGCAGCGGUACGACGAGUGUGACAAAGAGUUGGACGAAAUUCGAGACGUGUUUGACGGGUGUCGUAUGCAGCAUGCGCAAAGCAUUCAAAGCAGCAAUCAACAGGCGGAUCCACAGGCAGUUCUCGGCACGAUACAGACGCUGCUAGCGAAGCAUAAUGUGGUGACGGUGCAGUGCAAUGCAGUGUCGGAUAGUGGUGAGCAACUGUACGCUACUACUGCGUCCAAGGGCCAGCAGAUGAUACGUAGCGAAAUCCAGGAGUUGACGGCCAAGUGUGAACGGUUGUUUGAUGAGGUUAAUGAUUAUGCCCGUUCGUACGAGGGUCGGCUGGCGAAGCUGUCUGGCUUUAUGGAGAAAGCUGAUCAGCUGCAGGAGUGGCUGAACAGUGUUGAGGGACAGCUGGGUCGUGGUAGUCUCAUACUGAAGCCAACGCUCGAUGAGAAGUGUGCUCAGCAGCAGGCUUACGCGGAACUUCUGAACGAUAUCAAGAACCAUCGACCAGAGUUGAACAAUGUGCGCGAUCUGGUGGACAAUAUGCAGGAACAGCACCCAACGAUCGAACGUCGUAUGGCGGAGCUGACCAGUAAGUACGAGGAAUGUCUGGAGAAAGCUCAAACGUACGGUGAUCAGUACGAUCGCAUCGUGCACAACCAUCGCCAGUACUGCAAGGCCGUAAUGGAAACGCAGGACUUUAUCGACGCCAACCAUAACACGGUAGAGCUGUGGGGUGAAACCGAUCUCGACCAGGUAUCCUUGAUGACGAAUUUGGAUCGACUGACGGAGCUGAAGAAAUCUAUUACGGCAGAACAGAACCGGGUGGACCAGAUACGCACACUGGGCGAGGCAACGAUCCCAGACACGAGCGACGAGGGACAGGCUAACAUCCGCUCACAGAUUGACAUUUCGCAGCAGGAAUGGGAAGGUCUGCUUGCUGCCAUUGACAGCACAAUGGACGGAAUUCGCGGCAAAAUGGGCGAAUGGAGCGAUUACGAGAAGAUCCGCACGGAUUGUAUGAACUGGAUGCGCGACAUCGAUGCGAAGAUUCAUUCGGUUGAUCUGAAGGCGACGCUGAUCGACAAGAAGGCCACGCUGGACUAUCUGAAGAGCUUGCAGGGUGAGGUAAAGGCGAAGGAGCUCGAGAUUGACAACUUCACGGAGAAAGCCCAGCAGCUCUAUCGGGGCUAUCUGAGCAGCCGCAACUCACAGAUAUCUGAGCUGGCGGUCAAGUAUCAGCAGACGGCAAGCCGCAUCAAGGAGCUGGUCGGUCGCUGGCAGCAGUACGUUAUCCAGCAUCAAGAGCUGGAGACGCGCAUCGGCGAGCAUCGCGACUGGCUAAACGGUGUGCGGGAAAAGCUGAACUACUGUGCGGAUCUGUCCAGCACGUCGGAGAAGGAGCUGCAAAGCAAACUGAAGCUGGUGCAGGAUAUGAUCGUGAACAAGGAGGAUGGAUCUGGCCGACUGCAGACGAUCGUGGAUCUUGCCCAGCAGGUACUGGCCUGUACAACACCAUCCGGACAUGAGGCGGUUAACAAGGCGGUAGCUGCACUGCAAGAGGAGUGGUCUUCGCUUGCGUUGCGUAUGAUCGAUAUUCGAGCGAACCUUGACGAAGCCAUCAACCAGUGGUCCGGCUUUUUGGAUCAAGUUAACGAUCUGAAGCGCAACAUCGACUGGAUGGAGAACGAGCUGAGCGGAUUUGUUGAGUUCCAGGCCAGCAUGGCCGAUAAGCGGGCACAGCUGGAGCGCAUUAAGAAUACGGAGGAGAAGAUCCGACUGGAAAAGAUCGAAAUCGAACCGUUGAAGCAGAAGACGUCCGAGAUGGCCGCGUCUGGACAGCAAUCACAAGCGGCAGCGACAGCGCAACAAAUUCUCAGCAAGUUUGACUAUCUGGCGGAGAAGAUUAGCAAGAUACUGACUGAUCGGGAGGACCAGUACCGUGACCAUCGGCUGUACAAGGAAGCGUACGACGAUCUGUUCAAUUGGAUCAGCCGAGCCCGGGAGAAGCUGCCGUGCGUGAAGCAACAGUCUCUGAGCGAUAAGCUGACGAUGGACAGUGCGAUCGCACCGCUCGAUGCGCUGAUGAACAAGAAGGCGCAGGGUGAGCUGCUGGUCGAGCAUCUCGUACACACGGGCGAGGUCGUGAUGGCUUCGACGUCCGAAAAGGGCAAGGAAGCGAUCCGCAGCGACAUCAACGGCUUGAAGGCAAACUUUGAGUCACUGUUCGGGGAUAUCGACAAGCAGAAGCGGGAUCUCGAGAAGACGCUCAACUUGCUGCGCGAGUACAAGGAAGAGUACGAGCGACUUUCCGAGUGGCUGCAGCAGGUCGACAUUUUGGUGAAGAACCACAAGCUUGCGAUGUGUUCGAAUUUGGCCGAAAAGGAAAAGCAAGUGCGCGAGAUGCGUGAGCUGAUCGGUAAGCUCGAGAAGGGCCAAGGAGAAAUGGAUAAGUUCAACGCAUUUGCGGCACCGCUGCUGCAGUCCCAUCUCGAUACGUACAUCGGCAAUCAACUGCGCCAUCUGAACUCUCGCUACCAGGUACAGGUAAAUCUGGCCAAGGAUGUGUUGAAGAAGGUUGAAACCAAUCACGAUCUGCACCGCGAGUACAAGGACAACCUGACGAAGGCGAACGGGUGGAUCGAGAAUGCGAAGGAAAUCGUUCGCUACUCGACCGAGAAUGUGGACAGCGUGAGCAAGGACAACUUGGAGAAACGAUUGGCGAAGAUUGUGGAGCUGAUACAGCAGCGUGAGCAGGGCCAGAACUUAGUCAAUGCCACCGUCAACACGGGCGAAAAGGUUGUAAAGAGCACGAAAUCCGACGGUAAGGAGGUGAUCAAUGGUGAGAUCAAGGACAUUCAAACGAACUGGGACCGGCUGGUAAAGCGCAUGUCCACGGCGAAGGUGCAGCUUGAGACGAACCUCCUCCAGUGGGCCGACUACAGCUCGAGCUACAACCAUCUGCAGCAAUGGAUUCAGGAUCGCGAAAGCAAACUGCAGCAGGUGUGCGAGCAGAAGGUCGUUCGCUUCCGACUGGGUGGAACUUCGAGCAGUCUGAGCAGUGGUUUGAACGAACGAAGGGCGAAUCUGCGCCAGGCGAACGAUAUCGUGCAGGACAUCGUAAGCUUUGAGCCGAUGAUACAGUCCGUCGCUAGCAAAGCUUCGGAUCUGCGUCAAACGUCACCGGCUUCGGAGAUUUCCAACAAGUACGAAACUCUGAGCAAGCAAGCGAAGGAGAUGUUCGAGAAGCAGAAGGAAACGGUGGAACUGCAUCAGGCGUUCAUCGACGCUAGCAAUGAAUUUGCGGCCUGGAUCCGCAACGCCAAGGAGUGUCUGAACAAGUGUUCGGAUUCACGCGGCGACAAGGAGACGCUCGUUUCGAAGAUGACCCAACUGAAGAUACUGGACAACGAUGUGCCGGUCGGGCAGAAGAAGCUCGAAAAAGCGCUCGAACAGGCAGAAGUUGCCUGCCGCAACGUGGAAGGCGAAGAGGUGGAAGCGAUCGAGAAGGAGGUAGCGAUUUUGCAGGAGGAGUUCGACAACUACUGCAUAGCGCUGAAGAAGAUAAGCGGUGCGCUGGAGAACGGUAUCGUGCGCUGGACGGAGUAUGACGAUCAGUAUGGUGUUGCGCUGAAGUGGUUAGACAGCAUCGAGCAAGAGGUGCAGACGUACAACAAGAUGCAGGCCAAUCUGCAGGAGAAGAAGCGCGUGCUGGAGGAGUUCCAGGACAAGCUACAGACGCUAUUCGACUGGCAGCGCGAGCUGGAUAGUUUGAAUAUGCGUGCUCAGGUGUUGUUGGAGAUCUGUGCCGAUACGCGUAUCAGUAACGGUGUUACGCAGCUCACGACCAAGUACAAUGUGUUGUUGUCGAUUGCGAAGGAGAUUAUGCGUCGGCUCGAACUGCACUACCAGGAGCAUCAGCAGCACAACACGCUGUACGGUGAGUGUCAGGAUUGGUUGGAUAGGAUGCGCGAGAAGCUGAACGAAUGCGAAUCCGUACCGCACACGGUUGCGGAAACGCAAUCCAAGCUUAACAUUGUUAAGGGCAUUAGGCAGUCGUUGGAGCAGGGCCAGAAUAAGCUGCGCUAUCUGAUUGAGCUGAAGGAGAAGAUUGUUCUCAGCACGGAAACGAGCGGAGCAUCGAAGAUCGAAGAAGACACAGAAAACCUCAAGACGGAGUACGAAUCGCUGAUGGUGGACAUUACCGAGACGCGCCAACGACUCACUAAUCAUCUGGCACAACUCGAGGACAUCGGCAAGCUGUCCCGGAUGGUUGCCGAAUGGGUUGAGGAGGUGCAGGGCAAGCUGGACGCUGGCGAGACGAUGCAGAACGAACUUGCCGAUAAGCGUGUGCUGCUGGAGAAGUACCGUGCCAUUCAGCGAGAAACGGGCAACUACAAUGAGCUGGUCGAGAAGAUCAAGUCCAAAAUGACCGACAACGCCAACAUUGACGUGGAAGAGUUCAACAAGAUCCUUACCGACUACGAAGCGAUCGUGGCAAAGGUGGUAGCUGAAAUCGAGCGACUCGAGAACCAGGUCAACAAUCACGAGCGCUUCAAGCAGGCGCUGGGAGAGCUGUACGAAUGGAUGAAGACCACGCGUCAGACGAUUCAACAGUCGUCCGACUUCCACGGUGACAAGGAGCACAUUGUUGGAAGGAUCGAGAAGCUGAAGGGCAUCGAGCUUUCGUUUGCUGAUGGAAAAGUACUGCUGGAUAAUACGGCCGACAUGGGCAACUCGCUGGCCGCGAUCAGUGGCCAGGAGGGGCAAGCUACGAUCAAGCAGGAACUGCUGCAAGCUCGGGCCGAUUGGGAAGAGCUUGAGGAGCUGGCACGAAGCUCCCGCCAAACGCUGGAAGAUUGUCUAGCGUCGUGGGACAGCUUCUUGGACAAGUCGGAAACGUUGGGCGCAUUCCUGGAGGAGUACAACGUGAAGGUGAACGGAUACGGUGCGAGCGAAGGAACGGCCGAUCAGGCCGCAGUACUGAGCGAGCUCAAGCGCAUUCAGGAUUUGAUUCUGACGAAAAAGAGUACCGUCGAAGAGUUGAACGACGUGUGCGAGGCACUGAUGGAGAAGAGUGCCUGCUCGACCGUUCGCGAUCGUACCGUCGAUCUGCAGAAGAGCUACUCGACAUUGCUUGGAAAAGUGCAAGGAUUCAUCACCAAACUAGAGAAAAACCUCGUCAGCCAUACCGAGUUCCUGUACUACAAGGAAGAGAUCAACAAGUGGCUAAACGAUGCCAACGCUACGAUCAAGAACUGUAGCGAUGUGGCAGCGGAUGAUGUGCUUGUGAUCAGACAGAAGGUGGUACAGUUACAGUCACUAUCCAACUCGAUCCCGCAAGGGCAGAAACUAUUUGAGAUGUUGCAAGAUUCCUUCACCAAAUCUUCCUACCUCUAUCCGGAAGACAAACAGACAACCAUGUUCCAGGACAUUUCGGACAUUCGCGAUUCGCUCGAUACGGUCAUCAUCGGUAUCAGCUCGUCGCUGAACAACUUGAACGCGCAGGCAAGCCGUUUGGAGUCGUACGAAGAGCUAAAGCGACGCAUUAACGAAUGGCUCGCCACGACCGAGGGUGUGUUCGAGGCACUGCCUGAAACGCACGGCGAGAUGACGGAGGUGAAGACACUGCUCGAGCGCCUGAAGCACAUCCAGACGGAGAUCUCGUUUAAACAGUCGGAUCUGGAAAAUCUUCAACAGGAAGCGGCGAACCUCUUUGACGUUAACAAAUGCUCGGCCGAGAUGGAACGUGUCGCAAGUCUGCAGGCUCGUUGCUCCAAGCUUAGUGAAAAGUGUUCCUAUCAAAUUCGUAACCUAGAGACGGAGCUGGACGAUCAGAUGGCGUACUAUCAGAAUCUGCAGGAGAUAGAGAAGUGGCUGCUGCAGAUAUCCUUCCAGCUGAUGGCCCACAACUCGCUGUAUAUUUACAAUCGCGAGCAAACGCUGGAGCAGAUUGCGCAGCACGAGAAGCUGCUGGACGAGAUUCAGCGUUAUCAGGUCAAUAUCGAUGAUUUCAAUGCGAAGGGUCAGUCUCAGAUCGAGCGGUACAUUCUGAAGGCGCCAGCCAUCAAGAGUCGCAUCGAAACGCAAAUGAAGAACAUUCGCGACAGCUACAACUCGCUGCUGAACACGUCGGUGCAGAUUAAGAACCGACUGCACGACUCGCUCAACAAGUUCCAGGAGUACGAGGAUACGCUGGACGACAUCAAUCGACAGCUGGACGAAACGGAACCGCUGGUGGCGGAGGAACGUUUGCUGGAGGUUGUGGACUAUGCCGUUGGACAGUCACAGCUCGAGAAGGCGCAAGGCAUACACAAUAAGCUGCAGGUGGAGAAGAGCCGUCUGAUGUUUGCUGUGCAGGCGUGCGAAGCCGCUACCGCUAGCAUUAGCCGUCCGAGCUCACCGAUGGACAACGUUUCGCAGAUGAUCCCCGAGAAAGAAUUGAUGGUGCGGGCACGUCUGGAAGAUCUAAUUGAUGAUGUGCAGCAGUGGAUUGCCGAAUUGAUUACCUCGAUCAAUGAUUGCGAACGGCAGCACAAGCAGAAGGUUGAGCUGGAGAACUGGAUCCAGAAGCAGAAGGCGAUUGUCGCCGACUGGGGUUCGAAACCGUGCAAGUUUAGACCGGAAGCGGCCGAGCAGGAGCUGCGUGCGAUGAGCGAACUGUCACGCACGAUCACGGUCAAGCGUGAUGAUCUCCAGGGUGAAACCGAGCAGGACUAUCGGUUGCGCGAGGAGCUCGAGAAGUUGCAGGGCAGUCUGAAGAAGGUGAUCGAUCGCAAGAAGGACGAUCAGCUGGCGAUAGAGAAAUAUCGUAAGAACUACGAGGACGUGCAGGGCUGGUUGGAUGCGAUCACGAACCAGAUUGAUAAUGUAGAAAAGGGUGGUGGUCUUAGCUGCAAGCAGAAGCUCGAAAAGAUCUCCAACAUUAAACGCAUUCUGGAGAACGACUGUGAGAUGAUAGCGAACUUCAAGCGCAAUGGUGAUCACAUCGUGGAGCUGGUGAGCAAUCUCGAUGCACAGCAGGUAACUGAGCAGUUGAAAUCGAUCGAUCGGCGCUAUAACGACAUCACAAAGCGUUUGAACCGUCGGUUGGAUGUGAUUGAUUCGACGAGCAAAAUGUUUGGCAAGCUGCGGAGUGACAUUGGUGAACUAUCGCAGUGGGUAGUGGACAAGAAUGGGUCGCUGGAUGUGCCAUAUCAACUUGGAUCGGAUACGAAGUCGGCGGAGAAUCAGCAGCAAGCGUUCAGAUCACUGUUGAAGGAAAUUGAAGGCAAGCAGUCGUACGUUGAUACACUUGGCAAGCGUUUCUCGAGCAUUCAGUCCGAUCUGGAGCCGAAUGAAAAGCAACAGCUGGAGACGGAACUGCAGACGCUGACCAAAAACGUUGGAUUGCUCAGUGAGCGAGUGCGUGCCGAGCUAGACAAGAUCGUCGAGGACAUCCUGUGCCGUAAGAACAUGCACAACAACCUGGAUGUUACGCGGGCCUGGAUCAAAACGAAGCAGAACGAUGUAAACAAGAUAUCCGACCAAAUACCGCUGCUGUCGAGCAACGUGAACUCGGAGAUCAAGCUGUGCCAGCGCCACGCGCAGACGAUACGGGAGUUUGAAGAGAACGCCUUCAAAGACGUAUCGAAACAGGUACGCGAAAUUAUGAAGGAUUGCAGCGAGGAAGGCAAGGCAAAGCUGGCCCAGGAGUUCGGCGACAUCGAGUCCAAACUGAAAGAGCUGGUGGAGAGCUGCGCUCGGAAGAUCGAGUUCAUGGAGCGCGAGCACGGCAAGCGGCGUGAGUUCGAGGGCCGUAAGGAUCGUGUCUGGAACUGGCUGAACGAGGCGGAAUCGAUCGUGUCGGCGGACAUUCGCACCACGAGCUACGAGAUACUGAAGGAUCAGAAGCAAAAGUUCGACAAACUGUGCGGUGAGUGUGAAGUGAUGAAGGGUGUCGUGAAGGAGGCGGAAGAGUACAAGAGCGCCAUCUUGCCGACGCUGAACGAGCUGGACAAGACGAACAUCAACAACCAGGUGAAAGUGAUGCGCGAAAAGUGGAACGCAAUCAGCAACGUGCUGAAGGUGAAGUGUAAGAAGCUGGAAGAUCAUCUGGUAGAGUACGAGGACGCGCUGGCGAAGAUACAAAGCUGUGCCGCGUUCCUGGUGCAGGUGCAGGGUCGACUGAAGGAAAUGAACCGACCGGUGACGAGCAGGAUUGAAAACAUUCAAGACUUCCUGCUGGCGUACGAGCAGAUACUGGGAAGUUUGAAGGACAAGCGGCUAGAGAUGAGCACGAUCUUGUUGACCAAUCUGCCCCAGCUGCGGGAAAAUUCUGCCAAGCUGGAGGAGAUGAUCAUGGGCAUUGAGGAGCAGCUGCGACGGCUGAAGGCGAUGCUGCUGCUGAAGGAACAGUUUAUCGGAGCGAUCAACGACAUUGUGAAGUUGAUUGCGAAGAUCAACACGGACUUUAACACGGUGGACAACUUUAGCCCGACGGUGGACGAGCGGCUGAUGCGGUACAGUGAAAUUCUGCAGAGUAUUGAGGAGUGCGAGGGUCUACUGGUGGCCGCGACGGAUAAGGGUCACCAGAUCGCUAGCGACGGUACCGAUCUGGACAGGCACAACAUCAUGGAUCAGAUUCAUUCGCUGCAGCAGCAGCUCGGUUCGAUCAAACGAUCGAUCGAGCUGGAGCAGGACAAGUACCAGAAGCAGCGCGCCUACCACAAGACUCUGUCGAACGAUCUGUUCGCAUUGGUGGAUUGGUUCAAGGACAAUGAUGAGCAUAUCCGGUCACGUCCACUGUUUGGUUUGGAUUUGAAGAUGGCCGACCAGCAGCACAGUGCGCACAUUGCGUUGGCUGGCAAAGCGAACAUCAAUCUGAAGAUGAUUGAAGAUUUGCUUGGGAAGUUGGCGCACAGCGACAGCAAACUGCCCGACGAUCUGCAGGAUAUGGUAGAUCGUGCGAGAGCGCUGCAGGAAACUAUUCCGGCAGAGUUGACAGCUCGUGAAGCCUAUCUCACCCAGAACCGUCAGUACCGGCUGGAGCUCCGUGACAGUAUGGAGCGUGUUAAGAAGUGGCUGACGGCGGCCGAGGAACGAUUCGAGCACACGAAAACGUUCAGCUUCGAUCAGGAGAAGAUUACGGUAGCGUUGAAGGAGCUGGAAGAUUUCCUGCACGGCGAAGCGGAAAUUCGUACGCUUCUGUACGGUGCCAUCCAGGAGCAGGCCGAUCGGUUGUGGAAUUCGUUGAGUGAGCUGGACCAAAACCAGUGCCUUGGUGAGUUGCAGCAGUUGAAGAAUCGGUUGAGUGAAGUGUCGCAUCGUGCCGCGGUGCAGCAGACCGAGCUGCUGUCGAACAGUGACCUAGUGAAAUCGUACAAGAAGCAUUCGAGUGCAGUGAACAGUGUGCUUGCCAAGAGCAAGUUGGACGAUACGAUCCUGACCAUCCCGACGCUGCCGGCCCGUAUUGAUCACAUCAACGUGUUGCUCAACAUGCUGCAGGUGCAGCAGAACGAGCUCGAUAUCCUGAACGAACUAUCGCAGCAGAUAGUGAACCGCGCGGAUCAGUACAAUCGGGACCGGGUGCAGAAGGAGACCGGGGACGCGAAUCGGCAGUGGGCCGCCAACACGUCGCUGCUGGAAACGUUGCGCGAAAAUCUCGUCCAGCUACAGCAGCAGUGGGACCAGCUGGAAAGCAUCCUGCAGGAGCUGGAGGUGAAGUCGAACCUGCUGCUCGAGAAGGACCGAGGAUUGGAUUUGGUGGUCCACUCGCGCGAUCAAACCGAGGCGAAGAAGCACAUUGUGGAGAACUUGCUGGAAGACAAGACCGCCCUUGGUCAGCUGAACACGAAAGCGAACGCACUCGCCAAAACGCUCAUCAAAGCCCUACGCGAACAGAAGCUGCUGCCGCAAUCGCUCGAGGAAAAGCUAACGCAUCUGAACGACAUCAACACACGACUCUCGGCUGCUUCAAAGGCAGGAGAUUUAGAACCAGUUGUCUCUGAAAACAUCACUGAAGCAAUGAGAGUAGUCAAGGCUAUACUGGAAGAAGUUCCUAAUACUGAGGAGCAGGAGCUGAUGAGACUAUCGGCAGCUUCAAAAGCAGACAUUUUAGAGCCUGUUAUGCCUGAAUCUGAUGUAUUGGCAGUAAAAGAAGCUCCUUCGGAAGAUGUUUCUUGCGUAGAUAGUAAAGAGCAAGAGCUUUUGAGACUCACAGCUGCUUCAACGGCCGAAGCUUUCGAACCAGUUGUUACUGAAGAACCUGUACCUUGUCAAGACAGUGAAGAGCAAGAGCUUUUGAGACUCUCAGCAGCAUCAAACGCACCUAAUUUAGAACCAGCUGUGCCUAAAAAUGCUGCUGAAGAGUUGGUAGUAAGUAAAACUUCUUCGGAUGAUAUUCCGUGCGUUGACAGAGAAGAGCAAGAACUGUUGAGACUUGCGACGGUAUCAAAGGCGGAAGAUUUAGAACAAUCUUUGGCUGAAAGCACUAUCGAAGAAGUAGCUGGUACUCCAUUGGAACAUGUUCCAUGCCUUGACAGUGAAGAACAAGAGCUCUUGAGACUUGCGGCAGCAUCAAAGGCCGAUGCUUUUGUAACAAUCGCCCCAGAGACUACUGUUGAGGAAGUAACAGUUAGCAAAGAACAGGAGGAUACAAGCUUGCCAAGUUUAUCAAACACAGAAGGUUUCCAACAGGUUGUAUCUCUGACUACCACUGAAGAAGUGUUGGUAUGUGAGAAUACGGUGGAAGAAGCUUUGCUUCCUUACGAUGAAGAACAAGAAACUUUGAAUCGCUCAGUUAUGUCGAAGGCAGAAGCUUUAGAAUCAGUUUUGUCUGAGUCUGAUGUUGCUGGAGUGGUAGUAAGCCACGUACCAGUGGAAGUAGUUCCAGAUAGCGAAGAGCAACAACUGCUGAGACUUUCGGCUAUGUCUAAGGCAGAAACUGUUGAGCCAACUGUAACGACAGAAGACUUACAACCAGUUGUGUCUGAAAUUACUACUGAAAUCGUGGUAGUAACUGAGAUGAUAGAAGCAUCAAUCCCAGACACGGAAGAACAGGAACUGUUAGGUCUUUCAGCAGUAUCGAAAACGGAUGAUAUGGAUUCCGGUAUGCCUGAACCAACAACUGAAGAAGUACAAGUUAUCGAGAAAUCGAUGGUAGAAACUUCAGAGGGAGAAGAGUUCAUACAAAAGACGGAAACUUUGGUGACAGUUGUGUCUAAGACUGUAACUGAAGUGGUGAUCGUAAGUGAUAAACUGGUAGAAGAAGUGUCCUAUCCUGACAGUGAGGAACAGGAACUUUUGAAACGGUCAGUAAUGACCAACAUCGAAACAUUAGAACCAAUUGUUUCGGAGGUUACUGUUACAGAAGUGGCAGUAAGCGAUGAAUCUUUUGAAGAAGUACAAGCUCCUGACAGCGAAGAACAAGAGCUUAGGAGGCUUGCAGCUAUGUCUAAGGCAGAAACAGCAGAGUCUGAGGUUACAGUCGAACAAGCAGUAAUAACAGAACAACAAACGGAGCAAGUACCAUGUAUAGACAGUGAAGAACAGGAACUUUUGAGACUGUCGGCUUUGUCAAAGGCAGAGUUAGUUUCACCAAAAGAUGCUUCAGAAGAAACAACAGUUUAUGAAAAACCACCAGAAGAACUCUCGAAGCUGUUACGACCGAUUUCGAUUGAAAGGAACACACAAGAACAGGAAGCAAUUGCUGCUGUUACUACAGUAGAGGUGGUAGAGCAGAUGGAAUCUUCACUGCACUCUGAGAACGUUCAACAGUUUGUGAUUGAGCUGUCAGUAGCAGAAACUAAACAACCCACAGUACACGAAGACCUGGGUGACGAAUCCAUCAGUAGCGUAGAUGUAUCGAGAUCGGAUGCGUUUGAUUCAAGCAUGGCUUCGGUUAUCAGUAAGCCAGAGAUAUCGUUCAUUAGCAUACCACUGCAAAAGAAUGUGGCUGCGGAAGACAUUGAACUGAUGGUUUCUAGCAUUGAAUCGAAUGAGGGUGUGGUAGAUGUCGCAUCCUCACCGGAUCAAGAUGCUGGAGAAGUUGUAGUCGAAGGCAAGCUGCUUGUUCAAGUAAACAUUCCCCAGAAAGGAACGGAUGAACGAAAAGAAAAACGGAAGAAAGAAAAGAAACAGGCUAAAAAGACGAAACAGUUACCACAAGAUGCGGGGGCUUCGAAGGAUUCUACCGACACAGUUAUUAUUACAUCCAAAACUGAAGAACCUCAGGCACCGGUACCAAACGUGUGGGAACAAAUGAAGGGCAAGAAAACGUAUGCUGAGGUAGUAGCGGGCAGGGAAGCGGAACGCAGAAGACUUCUGGAGCUACAAAAGAAUAAGACACUGUCUUCGGACGUGUCAAUAGAAGAAGAUAUUGAACCAGUAGUGUCCAAGGCUGUAAGUUCCACGGAUAAGACAAUAUCUCGUAACGAGAGUUUUGUUGAAGUUGAGCUAAGUAGCGAAACAGAUCUGCAAACUUUCAUUGAAAGCAACAAGAGUUACGGAAGUAUGGUCAAGUCAAGUAUGUCUUGGGCUGAUAUGGUUGAGGACGACAUGGCAGACAGUAGCACUGCUAGCAAUGCUGGUGUCAUUCCCUCAGAAGAAGAACUAAGCAAGAGUGAACCCAUUGCGUUGGGUGAAACGUCGAAUCAACCAGUGGAGGAUUCUCAAGCAAUCGAUCAGGACAAACAGAACGACUCAGCUAAACGUGAAACAAACAAGAAGAAGAAAAAGCAAAAGAAACAGGCUCAAGUAGUAGCUGAGGCUACUAGCUCUGCGAAAGAUGCGGCACCAACUUCAGAAUUGGAUCAACCAAAGCAGGAUGAAACUACCCCCGCUGUAGAGGCGAACAUUUGGAAAACUGGUCCACUUUACGCUGAAGUUGUGGCUCAAAAUCUUAAGCGAGAGAGAGAAGCUUUGGAAUCACAAUCUGCUGCAGCUCAAUCCGAUGUCCAAUACGUUGUUAGUACAACACCGGAGAAGAUUGCUCAAGCGAUGGAGGUUAUUCUUCCAGUUACGGAGCAUGAUUUUGAUGCACCGGCUUCCGAGUUGAAUAAGAAGGAAGAAAAGAAAUCCAACAAAAAGAAGAAACAGGCUAAAUCCCAACAAACUACAGUUGUUACGGAACAGAUUAUAAUGACAUCUACGGCAAUGUCGGAAGAUACAGAAAUUGUACCCCAACAAACUGACCAAUUUGAGCAAAGUUCUGCUCAAGUUAGUGAGUUAACUAUUGAAGAAACUCAGGCAAUAAUUACGCAGGAUGUACCGAAGGUUGUCCAAGAGGUCGUUACAAUUGUAGAACAACAACUGCCUUCAUCUGCGCCAAAAGUUUUGAACGAAACAGUACAGGAGAAGACUAGGGAUUCAGAUCCUGUUUCGGAAAAUGUUGACACCACAACUGACCGAAAAUCCAAAAAGUCUAAGAAAUCUAAGAAAACAGGAUCCGAGAUCGUUGAUCAACCUGAAUCGGUUGGUCAAUCUGUUGUUGAAACAAACAUUGCAAGUGUUGAAGCAACUAAGACAGAUGAUACCGAAUCAGAUUCUUUGGUAGUAUCCGACAACGAAAUCGUACGAUCUCAGCCUGAAGAUGCUAAUUCUAGGGUGAAGAAAACCAAGAAAAAGCAGAAGAAGAAGCCUUUGAAACAUGCUUCCAGCGAUGAGUCCCCGGACGUUGAGCCGGAAGUUAGUGGUGACUCGACUAUUGGAGAAAUCCAGGUACAAAUUACACAAGAUGUACCGAAGGUUGUCCAAGAAGUUGUUACUAUUGUAGAACAACAACUGCCUUCAUCCGUGCCAGUAGUUUCGGACGAACAACUACAAGAAAAGGCAGAGGAUACAGAUUCUGUUUCAGAAAAUGUUGACACCACAACUGAACGAGUAUCCAAGAAAUCUAAGGCGACAAGAUCCGAGAUCGUUGAUCAACCUUUGCCUGAAUCGGUUGUUGAAACUGUUGUUGAAACUGUUGUUGAAACAAACAUUGUAAGUGUUGAAGCAAUUAUGCCGGAUAAUACCGAAUUGGAUUCAUUGGUAGUACCGGUAAAGGAAGACGUACAGCCUCAACCCGAAGAUUCUACUUCUAGGGCGAAUAAAAGCAAGAAAAAGCAGAAGAAGAAGCCUUUGAAACAUGCUUCCAGCGAUGAGUCGCCCGACGUUGAGCCAGAUGAACAAUCUUCGUUAAAGACUAUUGAAGCAGCAGUUCCACUGUCGGAAUCUCCUAAAGAAAUUGCUCACCUUCAGGAGCAUGUUCAUGAAAACAAGGAGUUUGUUGAAUUGGUUGUAAACACCGAAACGCAAUCCAUUUCCGAUCGGGAAAAACAUGUCAAAUUCUCUGGGGAAAUUGAGAUUCUUAAGGAGGUACCGUUAUCGGAAUCACCAAAAGAAAUUGAACACCUUCUAGAGCAUCACGCACACAAGCCAUCAUCGCUAACACUGGAGAUAAUGGAACCAGUGGCGGUGGAGCACGCUGACGAUGCUCAUCGGCAUGUACAUUUUGUAGAGGAAGUGUCAAUAGUGCCACUGGUACCACUUUCUGAAUCUGUCAAGGAAAUAAAGCGCCUAUCUAGCGUAACAGAACACUCUGAAGAGGAGAAGAUUGAACAGCCUGUUGAAGAUCAACCUGAAGAGGAUGGCAGUGGUGAGCGUAGGGUAAAGUUUGACCAUCAGGUAGAGAUACUACCCACUGUACCGUUUUCUGAGUCUAGCAAAGAAACUGAACGAGACGUACAAGCGGACAGAGAUGCAAAGAACAUUUGCUCAGCUUUGGAAAUCUCUACCACAACCAUCAGUGAAGCGAACGCGAUGAAAGUUGAAGUAGUUGAGCUGGUGGGCAGUCCUAAUCUGAUAAAACCAGAAGAAGAUAAACGCGUUAAGUUUGACCCCUUGGUGGAAGUGUUACAAAACGUACCAUUCUCAGAAUCCGUCAAGGAAACGGAAGCCAUUGGAAGUGAAAAACCCGAACAAGCACCAUUGCGCGAAGAGAGUCCAGAUAUUUUGCCCCAAGCAGAAAGACGUGUGUCCUUCUCGAAAACUGUUGUUAAGAUUGAGUUGGAACAGGUCGAUAAUGAUGAGGAUGAUUUUGAAGUGAUUGAUAUGGCAGAAGUUGAGGAAGUUUUAGUUCCUUCUGUAGAUACAGUUGAAAAUCGUGAAGAAGUUAUUGCGCCUCAAGAUCUACUGCAAAACGACAGCCCUAGCUCAGUUUCUGAAGUGAUUGAUAUGGUGGAAGUUGAAGAAGUUGUUAUUCUUCAUUCCGAAACUAUUGAAAAGCAUAAUCUGCAGCAACACGAUAGUCCUAGCUCAGUUUCUCAAGUGAUUGAUAUUGCGGAAGUACAGGAUGUUAAUGUUCUUCCCGCUGAAACUAUUGAAAAGCGUGAAGAAGAAGCGAUUGUGCCUCAAGAUCUACAGCAAAACGAUAGCCCAAGCUCAGUUUCUAAUACAGCACCACAGGAGGUAGAACAGAAUGCUGCCAAGAAGUCCAAGAAAUCUAAGAAAAAGUCGAAAAAGCAACUAGGUACCCAAGCAGCCUCUCUGGAUGAGCCCGAGUUCGGCAGCCAAGGACCUGCACCGUCCGAUAGCGACGCGACUCCUCGGGCGGGACUUCUGUACGCAGAAGUUGUUGCACAAAGGCCAGAAAAGGAUGAUCGUAGUGCGCUGAAAGCUCAGAUAACAGAUUUAGACACUGAGACGGUUGUAAGGGAGGAUUACUUGGUUGUGCAGGAAAUUUCAAUUUCCGCCGAGCCUCGACCUCACGUGACAGAAAUUGCCCAGACUGUCCAAUAUGAGAUGACGCUCAAAGCGGAUUCCAGUCCCAUUGAGUCGUUGGAGGUUAUGGAUGUUCAUGUCGAAGAAAGCAUUGUUUUGCCUAAAGCAAAUGAUCAGUCAGCUAGCGUAGUAGACCAAUCCGUUGAUCGGGAAAGUACGAUAGAACAGCAAGACGUACAGCAAGGUCUAAGCGAACACGAUUCUCAGUUUGUUUUGCCACCUAACGAGACGGCGGGUGAUGAAUUCGUAGUGGAAGAAAGUUCAUUGCACGAUGUGCCUUUAGAGAUGCAUUCGGUUGAAAGUGUUACAACAGAACAGCCCACUUGCACUACCGAGGAUCAACCUCUGUCCAUGCAGGGGCUUUAUUGCAUUUGGCAGGACAGAUCUUGGCUUGAUCGAUCGUUGUACAGUCAGGCGGAGGAGCGAUUUGCGCGGGUUAGCGUUGCCCAGGAGCAACAGCAAGUCGCACCGAGCGGUGCAUCGUGCAUCGUCGCCGACACACCACCAACAGCAACAGUAACAACAACAGCUGCCCCUGCAGCCACUAACAAUGUACUAACAACAGCAACAGCAACAGCAUCAACACCAAUGCCUCACAUCCCCUGCGAAGAGCUAUCCCUGCAGCAAACCGCGACCACAAGUCUUUGCGAUCCAUCCUCUGUACCCGACUCCAAAUCUCCCGUUCUUCCUUCCACACCCAACACUCCAUCCCUAGCUCCUUCUCCCCCAACAACCCCCGGUACUCCCUUAGGUUCAACGGACAGCGUAGAAUUAAGUAAACAAAAUGUGGCUGAAUGCACAGACAGUAAACAGGCACUAGCGCAAAGUGUGGAAAGUAUUCUGGACUCGCUGAUCAGUGCGGAACUAGAGAUGAACAAUCUGCCGUACGACAACGUGAACGAUCUCAUCAAGGGUCUGCAGAUCCUGAUAACGAACCUAGCCGAGUAUAAGCAGCAAAACUAUGCGAUUGCGAGAUCACUGCCGGUUAACGCGGACAGCCACGUCCGGGCAGCGGUCGAACAGAUCGACGAACGAAUCGACCUAUUACGGCAGCGAGCGGAAAAUGGCCUCGAAAAGAUUCAGCAAACACUGAAGCAACGCGAACAGCGGAAGGUGGAAAUUCGGGACUAUCUCGAGCUGUUGGAGGAAAUCGAACGAUGGCUUUCGGGUACCAGCAUACAGCUUAUGGAGGUGACCGAGUGCAGCACGGAGGAGGAAAUGCGACGACGCAAAGAGCAGGAAAGUGCUGUGCUAAACGAUUUGCGCGCCAAGGAACAGUACUUGCGCGAUGUGCUGGACAAGACGGAAUCGUACCUGGUGUACAAGGACGUGAGCGAUCGGACGGUGACGUUGCGAGAAAAUUUGACCCUGCUGAUACGUAUCCUGCGCGAAAAGGCCUUAAUACUGGAAAAUAACAUUCAGCGGCUGGCCGAUCAUUUGCAACCUGCCGCUACGGUGGAGCAGACGGUACAACCGCAAACCGUAGACAUUGAAAGUCAAACGAGCCCGCUGGCUUCGAUGGAACCGGUGCCCGUUUCGCUUGAUAUAGUGCGCAGUGAAGUGCAAGUUCCUGCGACGGUUGCUGUGUCCACUCAGGAAUCAUCUGUGCAAACACAACCCGCACCCGAACACACGACCGAUAACAUCCUGAUCAUACAGUCCGUUGUUAACGGGCGGGAAACUGUGCAGAUCUCCAAUGUACCACGAGCACAGGGUAUAGCUGACCAGCCCUUGGAAGAGUCUGUGGUUGUGGAAGCGAAGUACACACAACCCGCCGAAGGUAAAGAGAGUGAACGUUCCUCGGAGUUGCUGGUGAAAAACAUUCCGACCCAAUUCGAGACGACGUUUGUCGAACCAGACGAGACAACGACGGAGAUUGUGGUAAACCGGGACGGCUCCAAGAAGAUCACUCUGCGCAAGGUGGUACAGCCAGCCCAAUCCAUUGAGUCAACAAUCACAGGAAAGGCUUCGAUUGUAACCUCAGUCGAGUUGGCACCGGAGCAGUCUGAUGCACCGGCAAUAACCGCUGAGGAAAGUAGGGUGGUCGUCGACGUUGAAGGUGUUGACGUUGUGCUGGAAGAGCAGAGCACCGAGCAGAAGCAGCAAGAAGACCCAGUGUUAGAAGCUAGCUCACCACCUGCCGUCAGCGACUCGCCCGUGCUGGAAACGGCGCAAACCGUUGUUGAGGAGGUGCUGGAACAGCUGGAGCAGAAACUGAUAACGGCUGAGCAGGCUGUCGAGCAACAGCAGCCGGACGAACCGUCACAGGUAUUCGAUUCACAUGCUCAAAAAAUCGCACCAGUAGAGUUGAUUGCUUCUAUCGUUGAGUCACAAACUAGCAGUAGUACACUAUUAGGCAUUGAUGCUGCUGCUGCUGCAGUUGUUGCUGCUACCGCUCCUACCGAUGCCACUGUUGCAAUCGAUUCCUUAAGCCUUACCGAACCACUUACAGCCGGCGGGGAAUUAAGCGUACCGGUCGAAAGGCCAGUAGAGUCGCUGGAAGACAUCUGGCCACCGUCGCAGUAUGUGUGUGUAGAUAACGUUCCGGAAAGAUCGAUACCGGUCUCACCGGUACAUGUGCGAACGGAGGAAACGGUUGAAGUGCCUGUACAACGGCAAGAGAGUGAAGAGGCACAACAAGUAUGGCCAACCAGCCCCGAACGUGGUUCUGAUUACAUCGAGAUAGAGCCGAAUGUUAUGAAGCCUCAGGAAGUGAAGGAGGAAGAAACAAUAGUUCCAAUAGUGAUGGAGGAAGCAACGCUAGAACACGUGGCAGUAGAUCGAAAUCAGGAAAUUGAGGUUCCUAUAGUGAUGGAAGGAGUGAUUAGCGUGUCGAGUGUGCCUGAGCCGGCUGAUACUACUGGUGAACUUUUGGAACAAACGGUUCAAGUAAAGGAAGAUCUUCCUGUACCAACACAAGUUACAGAAGUUCCCGUAGAAACGAUCGUUGUGAAGAUUGAGGAUGAAAGCAAGCAAUUGGAGCCUAUUGAAACGGUAAUUGUUGAAGCUCCUACCUUGACAGACGAGCCAACGCUGGAAAUUAUUGAGACAACUACGUUGAGUUCCGAACCUGUGGUGGAAACAACGAUCACGCGUACCACCGAUACAAUCGAGGACAGUGAUAGCUGCACUACAAUAGUAGAAACGGUAGUGAUAACCAAGACGACAACAACGGAAGAAGUGAUCGAAAUUCCGGUGGAGGUUGAACAGCUUGAAACUACUGCAGGCGAUGAUCAAGAUGAAACGGUACUGAUUGAAAAGGUGACUCAUGUGACCACGAUUGUAGAGCAUGUUAUGGUCGAGGGUGGAAGCGAGGAUGCGCCUGAACGACCAACAAUUGAGGAGAUAACGAGUGAACCAUCUGCUGAGACGGCACUGGUGAAGCAAGAACAACCAGCGCCACCGGAGCAGGUCGAUGAUGAGACGAACCUACAGGUACAGGUUGCAUCGAUCGGUGAAACGCAAAGCUCUUCGUUGCGAGUUUCGAUGACCGUUGAUCCUACCGAAACGAAGAAGAUCAGUGUGAGCUUGAUCGAGAUUAAACCAUCGACUGGAGCAGCUCUUGAAGAGGAAGGCAAACAGACGGCCGCACCAGAGUCGCUGGAGUUUGAAGAGAUUUCCGGUCUAAAGGCUGUUGAAGUUGAUCCGGGAUAUGAGGCAGAUAAAACGGCUACCGCUGAAGGAGAACCCGAUGACGACGAUAAGAGCAAGAAGAAGCGCAAGAGAAAGAAGAAGGGCAAGAAUGAAAACGAAAAGGCUAGCAAUACCGAUCAAUCGGGACCGGAGCCGAAACCUGCUGCACCUGCCGAUGGACGUUUGUCGGUGGCCCAGGAAUCCGAGCAGCGGUUCGAUUCGUACCAAAGCUUUACGGAGGAAGAUCAACCACAGGUCAGCACCGUGAACGUGCUGGAAGAGGCAGUCGAGCCGGCGAUGAUCGAGGUGCCGAUAACGAUUCAGGAGAAGAUUGUCGUCCCAACCGAGGUGAUUGAGGCGAUCUAUACUGAGGAUGUGCAGCAGCAAACUACUCCGAUUGAGUUUGCUUCAGGACGGAGCGAUUCGGUCGAUGUCGAAAUCGAAAAGAUCACUUCCGAGCGGUUGAUGGUACCGAUCGAUUGGGAGCAACGUUCGAUGCAGACAUCACCAGAACCAGUGAUUCAGCGUACCUCACAGCAAACCUCUCCGCUUACGAUCGAGCAGGAGGGUACCGAGCAGGAGACGAAGGAAAUCCAAACCACAGCUGUAGAAGCGGCCGAGAUUGAAACGCAAACCGCACAACCAGUGGAGCUAAUUCAACAAGAAGCUCAAACGGACACGGUGGAGGAGUCGCCCGCUGCUGCACGUGAGAUCGAUACAGUGGAUAUGGCCAAUCAAACCGUUCCCAUUGAAACCAAGGAAACUCAACAGCAGGCCGAGAAUGCGGAAGAAAUCGUUGGUCCUAUUUUGGGACAGAUCGUGAAGGAAGUGAUUGAUCCAGCGACGCUCUACAAACCAUCAUCGAUGCAAACCAGCCCGGUACAUUUUGCUGAAGAUGCUGAGGCACCGAAAGAGGGCGCAGAUGUUCAGACGGCGGACGAAAGUGCACAAACAAGCUUCCCGGAGGUGCAGGAUGCGAAUGUGGAAACGGAGACGGUGAGUGUGGAAGACCGUGCCAACUCCCCGUUGGCGGAAUCUCCAGCUGAGGUGCAAUCUUCUGUUUUACAACCUAUAUCUACCACGGAAACUGCCAUGCAGACGAGCCCGAUGCACGAUGUGACGGUUGCAGAACCAUCCACCGUCUCUCCGAAGUACGAAAUACAGGAUGAAAUUCUUAUUCAAACAGUCGCACAACCCUCGGCACCAACCUUGGAAAGCGUUGAUAUGCAAACCGUGCAAGUGCCUACGAUGGAAUCGGACGCUCAAACCACUCCAGUGACGGUGACGGAAAUUACCGAAACUGUCACCAUUAGCACACAGACGAAGCAGCAAGAGUCUGCGCCAGCUGCAGAGGAGGUCGUAGAGCCAACGCACGAUGAUAAAGAAAGCAAGAACAAGCGUGACAAGAAGAAAAAAUCGAAGAAAUCCAAGGACAAAUCGAUCCCGAUCGAGGUGGAAGUUAGUACGCAGAUGGUUGUACCAAGCAUGAGCGCUGCCGGUGUACCGUUGGUUGGUGCCGUUGGAAGUGAAUCAGUAACGGUGACGAAAACAAUCAUCACGGAAGGCAAGAGUGCCGAUGGACAGGGAGAUGUCGGUUUGAACAUACAGGUUGACAUUGAUCCUAGCUUCGGUACGGUUGAGCAGAGCACAAUGGCUGGUUCCGCGAAACCAUCUACGAUGGUCAGCUGUCCCAUCAACGAAUCGCUGGACACGCUGCAAAGUCAAAAUCUGCAGCUGAGCCUGUCCGAUUGCUUCUCGAUCAUCAAGUCGCAGCAAAACUAUGCCGAGAAUCGCGUCAUCCCGUGGCAGGACAUUAAUCGAAUGAUGAUGAGCAUCAAAUUCCCGUCGGUAUCAUCCGCGGAGGGUGAUGACCAGCGAGGUAACGCUUAUCCCAUCAUCUGCUCCACAAGCUUACCUACGGAAGAGGACGAUACGGGCGCCGCGAAUGACGAUCUACAGCACGUGCUGCAGCUAUUGCAGGAGAAUGAAAAUAAUCCAGCUGCACAGCAGCACCUCCUUUUCAAUGUCGUGGAAAAUGUUGUCAAGUCGCUGGAAGAUCUCGAUACAGGUGUUGCGCAGGCAAACGUCACCGACGGCCCAUCGUCGGUGGAACGUGCGAAGCUACACAGGGUGUACAAAAUUCGACUCAUUCGCAUCGAAGAGCACAUCGUGAAGAUAAUUACGUACGUGCAGCGCUCUAAGACCGGUCCCAACAAGGAGGUAGACGAGUGCCUAAACCAUCUUCUGCGCCAGGUAAAAGCAUUAGAGCAAACCCUAGCCGAUGGAGAACAGAAGCUGGAUGCAAAUGCUACCGAGCUGCGGACAAUCAGCGGUAAGGUGCGUUCCCUAAGUAAUACCGUCGCUGGAAUUGAGGGAACCUUCAGUGAUCUGGUAGCGAACGAUACCAUGUUCAUCGCGACCAAGCUAUGCAUGAUUCGGGAGUUUGAAAUGAACUGUCGCGUCGCACAAAACUCCCUAACGGCGUGCACAAACGAGUACAACAGUCGGGAGCUGAAAUCGGAGGACGAUGGCAAGCUGGCGGGUGAGAUGGAACAAAUCGGCCAUCAGCUGCGCAGGUUGGAGAAUGGGCUGGUGCUGGAAAGCAACAAGCUGAUCCAACUCGGCAGCCUUGCCGAAGAGUACGAGCAGACGCUGCUCGAGUUCCAGGAGAUCACCGCCACCGCGGAAGUGUUUAUCGAGAACGAGAUCGUAACGAACUCGCUCGAGGAACUGCAGGAGGAAAUGCAACGCUAUCGUAAGUUCUUCGUGAAUCUGAACCACUGCAAGGCGAUACUGGAGUCGUUGGAAACGAACCUCGAUCCACUGACGCGUCAGAAGUAUGCCGAGCUGCACUCUUCGCUGUACAAUCGUACGAAGGUGAUCCUGGAGCGGGCUGUUGAUCGAGCUGGUAAGCUUGCACUGGCAGCAUCGCGCUGGACCGUGCUCGAGAAGGACAUGGUCGCGGAGCAGCAGUGGCUUCAGGUGGCUCAGCAGCGUGUGCCCGAUCUGAGUAAUGUCUCGUCGCAGGACUACGAACGGUACAUUACAAUGUACGAGUCGCUCGACCAGGAUAUUGGCAAUCACUUGACGAAAUUGCGAUCGCACAAUGAGACGGCACGCCGCAUGCAGGAGCUGAUCUCCGCCCCGAUCGUUGAGAAGGAAAGCAAUGAUGCGCUGGUAGUGGCGAUGCAGCUAAAGGAAGAGGUGUCGCUCUACCUGCGCCUGCUGACCAAGUUCAAGACGCAUUGGAAUCAGUACAAUGUGCACGCCGACCGACUGGGUGACUGGGUCCAUCAGAACGAGGGCAGACUAGCGUACAUCACGAUCGAAAAGAACCUGUCCGAAACAUCGGUCGAUCAUAUGCGAACGUUCUGGGAAAUUAAGGCCCAGUACGAGGUGCUCAACAACAAGGUGUACAAGAGCGCUUGCGAAACAUUCGAUCGUGCGCUGGAUACGAUCCCUGUGACAGAUGAACAGCUACAGCGACAGCUGCACGGUCAGCUCCUCGACAACUGGUACGCCGUCUCGAGCCGCAUCGACAACAUCCAGCGCGACAUUACGGACUCGAUGAAAACGGAAGGUACGCCACCAAGCGACAAGCUGGCAUUCAUCGAGCAGGAGCUGCAGGAGAUUGCACGCGAGUUCGACAGCACCAAGUCGGUGCUGAAGAGCCACGAUGAUCUGUACCUGUACAUCGAGCGGAUACACACGCUCAAAACGCGUAUCCAGCUGAUCGAUACCGAGCUGGUCAGUCAGUUUGCCCUCGCCCUCGACUGUGACACGGAGGAGGUGAAUGCGAUCUUCACGCGAUCACGCUUCUUGCUGCACCAGAUAACGGAUGAGCUGCAAGCGGCCGAAACGUUCUACGGUCGGUUGGAAGACAUUGAGCAGGGCAUUGCAGCUCAGGAGCAGCGCUUGGCAGAUAUUGCUCGUGUGCUGGAUGAGUGCAGUGGUAGCGUUAAUGGUAAACGAUCGGCCAUUGAGAAGGCUCUGGCGGACUGCAAAACAAGCCAAGAAGCACUAGGACCCUGUUGGAACGAGUUGAUGCGCUUGCGCCAGAUGCUUCACACGCUGCCGAUGAACCUGAAGGUGUCCGUGUCGCCACUACAAACCGAGCGUGAUCUGUCGACGCUACAAAACGUGCACAAUGAUCUGGAGCGCCGCUCGGAAGAGGUGAUGACGCUGCUACGCAACCGUUUGGCACUGUGGAACAAGUUCCACAAGCAGCUCGACAUGAUACAGGAGCAUGUGCAGGAGACGGAGUUCAUGAUGGAGCUGUUGCAGCUACAGGAAAGUGCCGACUACAACCGACUACUGAAGGCUACGGAACGGUUAGAUACACUUCUGACGGACAUUGAAAGCAGAAAGGGCAUGAUUGAGGAUUUGCACACGAUCGCCCAGCCGCUGGUGGAAACGUCCGACGAGAGUGUGUCGGCCGAGAUCCAGGAAACCGUGCAGCAGAUUAGCGUCGUGUGGGAAAGUACGCGCGAGAACUUGCGCGAUCUGUGCGACCGGUACGAGAAGGCAGUGAAACUGUGGCAACACUAUCACGACGUCUGUGAAGCGGUGAAAGACUGGGUCAACCAUGAGUACACGGAUUACGAUGAUUUGCACCGGCUGGAAGAUCUCCCACAGGUGGAAGUGUACCAGCAGGCACUGCUCGAUCAGCGGCAAGAGGUUGAGAAGCUGCGUAAACUGAUCGGCGACAUCAACGAGCAGGUUGGAUUCAACAUUGGCGAUACGCUGCUGACGGAGAUUGACGAGUGUAGUAAAAAGCUGGAAGAUAUCGAGCGGAAUGUGGUGGAGCAACGAAGCAAGGUACAUGAGCGGGAAGUUGCACGAACGGAGAAGGCUAACACCGUGCAAUCGUCCCGUGGUUUGUUGAACCACAUUCAGGAGAGCCUCCAGCAAUCGGCACACUCUCAGCGUACUGCCGACGAGAAUCUGUACAAUAAGAUCGUUGAUCUACGCUCGUACAUGUUGAGUCUGUGCGGAACAAUCGCCCGUCUUAAGGACAUUCAGCGCGAACGUGAACCAGCGGAUGAUAAUGGCAAUCUGCAGAAUCUGCACUCAAUCUCGCAAAAUCUGCUACAGGACUCGUUCCAGCAGUACCAGGAGUUGGUGCAGCAGCUCGUCACUCAAACGGAGGAUGACGGGCGCUUGCUAGAAUUCUGGCAAGAGUAUCUUCAGUUUGUGCUGACGUUCCUGUCUGAACCCAUCCCGAGCGAUUACGGUCAGCUGAAGGCACACCGCGAACAAUGUCGGCUCAUUAGAAUGCUACUGAUAAGCCUCCGCAAAGUGCUGCUACAGAAGAGCAAGAUCGACGUCCGGUUGGUGGAGCGGUUCAACGAGCUGAGCGAACUGCAUGCCGAUCGAAUCGAUCGUUUCUCGGAACGAAUCACCGAGACAGACAAUCGACUGUGGCACUGGGAAAAGUUCCGUUCGCUUGGUGACGAUCUGUAUGAGGCACUCGCUAACAUCGAACGGGAAAAGUUCACGCUCCAGCUGGAGUACAUCAAUCUGCAGGAGCUGCCGAAGCUGAUCGGCAAGGUUAACGGUUUGCUGGAACAGUUCCCCCGGCUGGAUGGUGAUCUGAGCGCAAUGAAUCAGGAGCUGUCGCAGCUGACACUGUAUACGAAGGACGAGUGUACGCUGGUGGGCAUGCGAAGCGAACAGGGCAAGAUUGCGGAAAAGAUUUCCAAGCUGCAGGACAAUGUGGAAACGUGGAAGAACUUCUUGUUCGGCAUUGAAGAGCUGCACGGCCGGUUCGGAAAGCAAUCGUACGAGGUGGAGACGAGUUUGCGCGAACUGCAAGAGUGUCUGGAUGAGCUGGAAGCGGAUCAGCGCAGUACGGCCGGUUCGGGCAUGGAGCAUCGGUUGAGUGGUGUGCAAGCGCGACUGAACCUCGUCAAGAAUCAUCACGUCCGAUUGAACACGGUACGGGCGAAUCUGGAAGAGGUUGGCCAAGUGCAGGAAGAGCUCAAGGCAUGCAUCAGCAUGUUCGAUGUGCAGCGCCUGCACAAACGCGUUUGGACGUUGUGGCAGAUCUACAGCAAGCUGGAGCAGCGCAUCGUACUGCAGGUGAAGCGUAGCGAGGAGGCGUCACGCAACAGAAAACUCUUCCUCGAGCACUACCACUCGCUGACGGAAUGGAUGCGACUGUUUGAGAACAAGCUGAACGAUACGAACAAGUACGAGUCCUGUACCGACGAUCAAGUGUUCAUUCGCAGUAUGGAGGAAUCGAUGCGUCAGGAGUUAGCGUUGAAGGAAUGCGAAAAGGAUUGGCUUACCUCCAUGGGCAAGGAUCUGCUGGCGCACUGUUCAACGGCGGAAGAGCACACCGAAAUUAUGAACCAUCUCGAGAAGCUUUACGCACAGUGGGACUAUCUGUGGCGGCUGUGCGACAGUCGCGCUCAGAAGAUAUCGGAAAUUGAGGUAACGAUGCGUUCGCUGGAAUUGCGCAUUGCCGAGCUGCGAGCGUGGAUGGAAACGAUCGAGCGCGAGCUUCGGAUGCCGUUUGCGGUGGACAAUUUGGAGAAAACCAAUCUAGACCGAUUGCUGGACGAUUACGAGAAGCUACAGCGAUCGAUCGAGGGUAAUAGUGGUAAUGUGGCGGAAGUACUGAACCUGUGCGAGAUGUUGUUCAUCGAUGUGCAGUCGUGGAAUGUGCACAUUAACCGUCGAAGCAUUCAAAAUGAUGCAAAGGAUCUGGACUGGCGGUGGAAGAACGUGUGCAUGGAGUCAGGCCGUCGAAAGCAGGAUCUACUGGCCCUGUGGAACAUGCUGCUGGAGUUGCAGAAGAUUGUGGAAUCGCACCAGCAAUGGGUGCACGAACAGCACGCGUACGUUCGUCACCUAGAGCAAUCGGCCUCUUCCCUCGAUGGCGAUCAGCUGGCCGAUGAGCUGGAAAACAUCGCGAUUCGAAUGAAUGAUGUCGUUGCACAGGAACCGAUCCAAUGCAUCAUGCGCAGGCUGUACAUAUCGGUGGCGCACCACGAUCGCAUCUCGGCCGAUGGUUUGCGCUUCCUGACGGCCCCAGCCCAGCAGAUGCUGCUACUCUGGGAACGACUGCACUUGAGCCUAACCAGUCUGCGUACCGAGGUAGAACGCUACCGAACGGAGUACGGUACGUUCGUGAUGGAAUACGAGCGUAUCAUUCUCGCGCUGACACAGAUCGACGUGCAGGUGACGCAGAUCGAACACAUUCCCCCGGAGCAGACAGCGGAUGGUCCGUUGUCUGCGGAAGCACGCAUUGAUCGCUUACGAGAACUUCACAGUGAGCUGCUGUUCGUGGUGAACCUGUUCGAAAAGGAGGACACGCUCGGUGCGGGCCUAAUCGAACGACACGCCAACAAUAACACCAUGACGGAAGACAUUCGACAGAAGAUGGCUGAAUAUCACGAGCUGGGCAAUAGCGUCAAGACGCGCCUCGAUGCACUGCUAACCCGAGCAACGGAAGCGUUCGAAGUGCGCAACGAAAAGGAAGUGGCCGUCCAGGUAAAUACACUGCGGCUCGAGCGCAGUGAGUCCAUAACAGCGAAGGAUGCCUACCGCUAUCAAUUGGAGACCGCACUGACCGAAGCUGACACCAAUCUGCGCAAGCUGGAGGAAGCGAUCGAAGCAAUCAAUGCGAACAACUUCAUGUCGUCGACGCAGAACGUUUCCAAAGCGUCCGCUGCCUGCGAGUCCUCAAUCGAGCUGAUCAAGCAUUUGAGCACACUGCUGCUUGCAGAAUGUCACGCCACAGUGGAGGAAGCUUUCACUGUGCGUGUGAAGGAAGAAACGGAACGAUAUCAUCGUUUGUUGACCGUGUGGAAGGAGAAGCAAGAACAGCUGGAAGAAUCAAGGAUCAUUCCUAAUGCUUACAAUUUUAACUGCGUACACAAUGCGGACUACCUAACGUGUCCGCUGUGUACGAACCGCAACUGGCAGCAGAUCGAUAACGAUCUGUGGCGCCUCGAGCAGUGGCUCGCAAUGGCGGAAUCGACGCAGCGCAAUCAACUCUCCAGCCCACCAUCUGACAUCGAUGCGCUGGAGGACACGAUACAGGACCACCGCGAGUUCCUGCUCGAUCUCGACAGUCACAAGAGCAUCAUCAAGUCGCUCAACAUUGUCGGCGAACAUCUGGCGACGCACACGCGCGAUACCGAUCGGGCGGCCAAGUUGCGCGAGCGGCUGCAGAAGAACAACCGCCGCUGGGAUGCCGUCUGUACCGGAGCGUCCCGCUGGCAGUCAGCACUGAACAGUGCGCUGAUGGAGAACCGCGAGUUCCAUCGGACGAUAGCGGAGCUGAGCGGAUGGUUGGAGCAGACGGAGAACAAGAUCAAGAGCUCGGAACCGAUUGAUCUGACCAGCGAUCAGCGAUUGGUGGAGAAGAAGUACCGCAUGUUCCGGGAGCUGCGGGCGGAUCUGAUGCGUUGCGAGCCGCGGGUCGUGAGUUUGCAGGAGACGACCUCCCAGCUGACAAAGUACGUCGAUGCGAACAAGUCGGAAAAGUUCGAUGAAGUGUAUGCAAAGCUGACUGAUCUUCGGCUGCGCUUCCACUCGAUCCGCCGCCUGGUGGAGAUGUACAUCAUCAAGAUAGGUGCCGCGUUGGGCUAUGACAGCAGCACCAGCCUGGCCGAAAUUCCUUCCUCCUCCUCGAACGCCUCGCUGGCGACCGUCGAUCGGCAGCAGGCAAGACGCCGACAGGCAUCCGAACAGCAGGAGAGCCACCAGCAAGAUGGUAGCGGAUCCCGAAACCAUCCAUCACAAGCGUCGGCACACGAUUCCAGUACAAACAUUGGCAGUGCAGAGGGCGACGACGAUGUCAUCAACACCACGAUACUCACGCGAAGCUAUCGAUUCUUGGGCCGUGUCAUACGUGCCUCGUUGCCCAUCCAGGCGAUGCUGUUAUUGCUGCUCGGUGUGGUCACGCUCAUGCCCCACGGUGAGGAGUACUCCUGCACCCUGGCCAACAACUUUGCCCGCAGCCUGGAACCGAUGCUACGCUAUCCGAACGGUCCACCACCGAUCUAGCGACCUGCGAACGAGCGGGCCGCAACAACCACCAGCCCAAUCCAACAUCCACAUCCCUUCCCUGACUCCAUUCCUUGUGUUCCUUUUAUAAAGCGCAAAAUGAGGCAAUUUUAGUGUGAGAGAGAAUGGUCCCAGCAGUGCCUGGAUAGCUCUUCAAACAUGGAAAGAAUGGCUAUUUACACACUGUAUGCUGUACAGCCUUUAGAAACACACCGUACAUAAAUAUUGUAUUGCCAUUUUGUUUUUGCACAUACAUACAUUAGCUAGAUAUAGAUCGAAUGGCGAAUCGAAAUCCAACGAAAAGCACGACGCAGUAGUACAAACGCGCGUGUAGCAAACCGAGAAGGGAAUGCUCUUCUUCUUAAUAGCUUUUAAGUACAGCCUUUAAGCUCGAUAUAACUUUGGUAAACAGAAGAGCUGCUGGCAACUAAUCUACCCCCUCACUAACCUUUUAGAUGUAUUUAAGCAUUUUUUGCAUUGUUUUGUUUUCAGCGCUGAAGUGGCAUUCUUAUGACGGUUUUAUUUUAUUUUUGUUUUAGGUCUGUAAGCUAUAUAUUUAGCGUGAUAUAAUAAAAGUAUUCUAGGUUGUCUAGAAAUGUUAUCGAA